UCACAAUUCUUAUCUUUCUGGGAUUUUCACAAAGCUUACACUGAAUUUAAAACUACGCCGACAGAGGUUGCUGAACGUCUGCUUGUCAAGAUAGAACAGAGUAAGGACCUAAACUGGAUCCGAUUCUUGACCAAGAAUAUUAUGCAACAAGCCGAGGAAUCGACUAGAAGAUACAGGGAGAAGAAACCUUUGAGUCAACUCGAUGGUGUGUUUGUUGCUGUCAAGGAAGAGUUGGACAUACAAGGAUUAGAAACUAAAGUGGGUACUUGCUUCAUCAAUGACGACAACCCCGCCUCACAGGACUCAACCAUCGUCUCCAGAUUAAAGAAUGCAGGUGCUAUUGUUGUUGGAAGCACAGUCAUGAAUGAGCUCGGUUGGGAUACAUUUAGUGUGAACCCUAAUACAGGUAUACCAAAGAAUCCUCACAAAUCUACUUAUCACUCUUGUGGUGGUUCUAGCGGUGGCAGCAGUGGAUCUGUCUCAGGUGGGCUGUUUCCGGUCACCAUUGGUACGGAUGGAGGCGGAUCUGUCAGAAUUCCAUCUGCAUUCUGUGGUCUAUAUGGUCUAAAGACAACGUGGAGUCGUGUUUCCUCAUUUGGUGGCUCAACACAAGAUCCUUCCAUAGGAGCCUAUGGUCCUAUCGCUGCAACCGCAGAUGAUAUGACACUUACAUACAGCAUUAUUGCUGGGCCAGAUCUUAAUGAUUCUAAUACACUCAGUCAACCAGGUGUCGAUCUUAAAGACUAUGACAGGUUUAACGACCUAUCAGGCCUUACGGUCGCUGUCGUGCCUGACUGGAAUAGAUUUAUUACUGAGCCUGCUAUUUUGGAUAGAAUGGAUAAAGUCAAGGACUAUUUGAAACAAUUGGGUGCAAACAUCGUUGAAGUUGAUAUACCAGAUUUGGAACGUGCUCAGACAGCCCAUAUAAUUACUAUAUCAAGUGAAAUGUAUACUUUUGCCUCUAAACACUUUCACAAGCGUAAUUAUUUUCUUCCGUACACUAGAAUAUUAUGUGGUGUCGCAAGUGUAUUAGAAGGAAGAGACUACAUCUUGGCUCAACGAAUGCGUACUCGAAUGAUGAAGCAUAUGGCCGAAUUGUUCAAAAAUCAAAAGAUUGAUUUAAUCUUGACACCCACAACCCCAAUACUGUCUCCUGAAAUCCCUAAAGAGGCUAUGCGCUAUGGCAUCUCGAAUACAAACUUGACAAAACUGUCCAUGGUAUAUACCACAUUGGCCAAUUUUACAGGUAUCCCAGCCGUAAGCGUACCUGCUGGCUACCAUGACGAUUUGCCUAUCGGUCUUCAAUUCAUGGCGUCUUGGUGGAACGAAGCUUUACUUUGUAGAAUUGCAAAAACGAUUGAAAAUAUGCCCGGUAUUGACAGAAAAAGACCUGAAGCCCAUUGGUUUGGAGAUUAUCUUUUAUAA